AUGUAUACUAGUCUUGCUCAUACUAUCUUACCUCUAUCCCUCUUGGGUACCACCCUCGCUGGUGUUAUCCGAAUAAGAGGUGAAGAUGAUCACGACUACGAUCCUAAAAAACACCAUGACGACCACGACAAGCACGAUCAUCACGACAACUACAACGAGACUUCACCUCAAUUCAUCGGUUGUGUCAGUCGAACAUUCUUCAACCUCGUCUCGAGUGAUGACAACUUCGAUGGUAACUUCACUGAACAACCGGACUUGAACACCUGUAUUGACCACUGUGUCGAUGAGAAGUUCCGAUACACCUAUUGGGACGCCGACAGGAAGCAAUGCUACUGCUCUCCCGCUCAACGACCCGACGCCGAUCAAAUCAGAGAUAACGACUCUGAGACCGGUAGAUGUAAGAACAGAGAUGCUAUUGUCUUCCUCAACAGCGCCAAUUUCAUCUUCGGUGGUUGUUUCGAAGCCGGUACCAACAACUACAGUGUCGCUCCCGUCGCUCGAUUCAGCACUACUUCUGUCCGAGACUGCUUUGUCCUCUGUGAUGAGCCAUGUCGAGACAAGUUCGUCGAGGUAGUUGCUAUCACGCCUCGAUUCGAUCCGGCUCUUUACAGCUUCGCAUACGACUGUGAAUGUUUCGAUGUCUCUUACGACGACAUUCCACCUUUGGUCAACCGAACCUGCGCUAUCGAUUCUGUCUUCGGCUAUGCUAGAGUCGAACACAAACAGGAUGAUGAUCAUCACAAGAAGGAAGCCAAGAGAGGUAAAUAUGAUUAUGAUUAUGAUUAUGAUUAUGAUUAUGAUUCAGAUUAUGAUCACGGAUACAAAGGGGAUCACCAAGACGAUAAUAAAGAUAAGGAUCAUGGUUACAAACACCACGAUGACGACGACCAUGCCGAUCACGACAAGGAUGACAAGUACGAUCCAGACUACCACAGAAACCACAAAGGCGACUACAACAACGAUGAUUCCGACGACUACCACUAUGGAUACAAGGGCAAGCACCACAAGGGCGAUUACAGCGACGAGGAAGAGGAAGACCCCGAUUAUGAUCACCGCAAGGAUUACGACCAUGAAGACAACGAUGAGGAGGAAGAUUACGAUUAUGACCACGGAAAGAAACACGAUGACAAUCAGGAUGAUGAGGGUGAGGACCAUAGCAAAGAUUAUGAUGACGCUGAGGAGGAUCAGAACUCAGGUUACCAUUCUGGUAAAGAUCACGGCAAUGAUGGGGAUGAUAAUAAGCACCACAAAGGUGACGACUAUGCUGAUGAAGAUUACGAUGACAACCAUCACGAUGACGAUGAAUACAAUCACGGAAAGAAAUACGAUCACGAUCAUGACUACAACUACGGCUCUUAUGGAAAGGCUUAA